UAGGAGGCGGUUGGCUCAUCCACGCUCCACCUCUCAGUUCGUGUCGGUGGGCGGCCGGAGCUUGUCUUGCAGCUAGCUCUCUGCUCACACACGACUAAACAUACAGUAUCAGUCUCACUCUCUUUCAAUCUCUUCGUUAACGGCUGAUAAGACCCAGCGACCCGGCCAUGGCGUGUUACCACAGACCGGACGCGAACACCCUACAGGCCUUGAAGGACAUGGCCAACACUCUGAGGAUUCACUCCAUAACUGCCACCAGCGAGGCCGGAUCGGGACAUCCCACAUCAUGCUGCAGUUGUGCCGAGAUUAUAUCUGUGCUGUUCUUCCAUGCCAUGAAGUACAAGCCACAUGAUCCUAAGAACCCUAACAAUGAUCGGUUUGUACUGUCAAAGGGCCAUGCAGCUCCAAUUUUGUAUGCGGCCUGGGCCGAGGCUGGUUACCUGAAUGUCGAUCAGUUAUUGACACUGAGGAAAAUGGGUUCCAUCCUUGAAGGGCACCCUGUUCCGAAACUAGCUUUUGUCGAUGUUGCCACUGGAUCCUUGGGGCAGGGUCUAGGAGCUGCUGCUGGCAUGGCUUAUACUGGGAAAUAUUUUGAUAAAGCCAGUUAUCGUGUGUUCUGCCUAUUGGGAGAUGGAGAAUCAUCUGAAGGCUCAGUCUGGGAGGCAAUGGCAUUUGCUUCUCACUACAGACUUGACAAUUUAUUUGCCAUUAUUGAUGUGAACCGCCUGGGUCAAAGCGACCCUGCUCCACUGCAGCACAAAGUUGAAGUCUACCGCAAACGUUGCGAAGCUUUUGGCUGGACUACUGAAGUGGUAGAUGGGCACAGUGUUGAUGAACUCUGCAAAGCCUUUUGGCAGGCCACCAUGGUCGAAAACAAGCCAUGUGUUAUUAUUGCUAAGACCACUAAAGGAAAAGGCAUUGAAGGUGUUGAGGAUAAAGAGAACUGGCAUGGCAAGGCCAUUCCAAAAGAUAAACUGCAAGAAACCAUUCAAGCAAUCCAAUGUAGGAUCCUGGAGGGCAAGAAACUUAGCCCAGGACAGCCAACGGAAAAUGCACCAACUGUGAAUAUUGAAGACAUUCAACUUGGUGCACCACCCAAGUAUAAGCAUGCCGAAAAGGUAGCCACGCGAAAAGCCUUUGGAACUGCCCUGGCAAAAAUAGGUCAUAGCAAUGACCGUGUUAUUGCUUUAGAUGGUGAUACAAAGAACUCAACAUUUUCAGAAAUGUUUAAAAAGGAGUAUCCCAAGCGUUAUAUUGAGUGUUUCAUAGCAGAACAGAACAUGGUAAGUGUUGGUAUUGGCUGUUGUGCACGGAACAGAACCGUUCCAUUUGUCAGCACCUUUUCUACAUUUUUCUCCCGAGCAUUUGACCAAAUUCGCAUGGCAGCAAUUUCUGAAAGCAAUAUCAAUCUUGUUGGAUCCCACUGUGGUGUCUCAAUUGGUGAGGAUGGACCUUCCCAGAUGGGUUUGGAAGAUAUUGCUAUGUUCCGUGCCAUUCCUACAGCAACAAUUUUUUAUCCAAGUGACGCCGUGUCAACUGAACGGGCAGUAGAAUUGGCUGCUAAUACCAAGGGUAUUUGCUUUAUACGAACCAGUCGACCAGAAACUACAAUAAUUUAUAAAAAUACUGAAGUAUUUGAAGUGGGAAAAGCUAAGGUUCUGAAGAAGACUGAUAAGGACAUGGUUACCGUUGUUGCUGCUGGGGUCACAAUGCAGGAAGCAUUGACUGCAGCUGCAAAAUUGGCUGAAGAGGAUGUGUUCAUCCGAGUGGUUGAUCCAUUUACAAUUAAACCACUUGAUGAUAAAACUAUUGUUUGUUGUACUAAAGGCACCAAAAAGAAGCAUGUUAUCACUGUGGAGGAUCACUAUUACGAAGGUGGUCUUGGUGAAGCAGUAGCAGCUGCCCUUGCAUCAGAACCUACAAUUAUAGUGCACCGCCUGGCAGUGUCUGGUGUGCCAUUUAGUGCAACACCAGCAGAGCUACUGGAAAGGUUUGAGAUUGAUGCAAAGGCAAUAGUGAAAACUGUGAAAGACAUCAUUUCAAACUAGACAAAGUUCCCAUAUUGUGUAACACAAUGGGCUAAGUUCCAUUCUUUUCAGUGAUUUGUUUAUAUUAGCAAUAUACUUUGGAUGUUCCUUCAAUUUACUUAAUUGUAAGCUUUAAAGUAAUCUGUGGAAAUUAACUGUAAAAACUUUGAACGUAGUCUUUAUGGUAAAAAUGUUGCCUAUUGUUUUGCAGCAACUCUUUGUUUCUGCUCCACUGGUUGGCUAAUAUGCACAAAAUAUGUCCAUUUAAUGGUGUACAGAUGGUUACAGCUCCUGAUUUGUUUUGAAGUGACACCUGUGGAAGACGCUACUUUAAUAUUUUACUCUUUUCUUUCCCCUUUCAAUUACUUAAAAAGGCUACUUACCCAAGGAUUAGAUGAGAAUUAAAGACAUCAGAAGCUAGAAAUGACUGAUAGUGAUAUUACUAGAAUAAUGCUUAAUAUGCUUGCAUGGUUUGUCUCUGUGAUCUAUUUUGGUACAGGAAUCAGAGCAGUUAAAACAAGUCAGCUAAUGUCUUGCUAAAAUAAACAGAGGAAUGUCCUACAAGCAUGUUAAACUCCAUGCCCUUGACAGUGACUCUCCACCCUACUCCCAGUCUACAUUCCUAGACUGAACCAGACUAUUCAAAACCUCAGUGUCUUAUUUAGACCCAUGACAAACAUUCAUUCCCAUAACUCUUCCAUUACAAAGAGUGUAAUGUUGCUCACUUUUGCUGUUAACUAAAGUAGUCUUGUUAAACCAUCAGUCAUUCCACAAACUACACUGUUCUGAAAUUUUGCUGUCUGUAUCUGUUAAACACGAUUCUUUGCUCUUACCUAUAACCUUUCCCUUGAUCAUAUAAUUGUUUAUAUUUAAGUCCCUUUCUGACCUUGCAUCUCCUUACAGCUUGUAGCUACGUCCCUUUGAAAGCUGUUCCUCUGAAUCUGGCCUUAUAGCCAAUUUUGGCAGAGAGAUGCCUUCAGUUCCCUUGAAUGGUGCUUAGGAAUUUCCUUUGUAACUCAUUAAUAUCCUUCUCCUUCAUCAAGGCAUUUUAUAAAUGUAAGCUGCUGCUUUUCAUCAUUUAAUAUUAUCAAAAUUCCUCAACUGUAUUAGAUUUCAGUUUCAUUCAACAUAGCAAGAAUCUUAAUUCACUACAUUGUAUUAUUCUCUCACUAAAAUACAUUUUUGUUGAAAUAGUUGCUGUAUGGAUAUAGCUAUUUUUCAGAAUCUUGUAACUUAGUUGCAGUAGCAGAACCAACGCACUCAUAAUUUGGCUGAUAUUUAAAAGAAUAAACAAUAGAUUAUAUACAAGUCAGAGAUGCGUAUGUAACUCACUGCCUCCAUUUUACUGCUGGCAUAAUAUUAAAAAAAGGUUAAUUUAUGACUUGAAAAUAUUUUAAUUAAAACAAUGUUUUUAAAAUGUUGCUUCUACAAUUUGAGACUGCAGAGAUAUUCAACUUAAAUUGAAGAGCUGAGAAAUGCAACUUUUGAUUGAAAGGUGCUAUGCCAUGGCGAAAUAAUAAAUAUUUUUAACAACCAAGAAA